AACGCAAUCACCCGUCCUGUCAACGUCUGCUUCCUCACACUUUCCCCGCCACCAACGUCACUGUACUUCUACCAUAUCUUUAGCCAGCGUUUGGCGUUGAGAACAUCUGGCCCCCACAUCCAUCCUCCAUCUGUCCAAUUACCCAACGCCGGAGUUGAAUUGUCGUCCGGCCUGCACGGAGAUCAGAAGAGCGAGAACUCAUGCCCACAAAGUUCUAUCCAAUCGACGAGCAGGGGGUGGAUACAGAAGUCUACAUUGUGAUUAAAGAUGGACUCGAACAACACGCCCGCAUCCUCGAGCGCCGGGCAGACGAAGUUUACGUGCAUUACCUAAAUGCAGACAAGAGACUUGAUGAAUGGCUUCCACAAAGCGCCGUGCGACCUUCAGGAUCCCACGAGGCCACCAUGACGAGCAACGGCAAUGCUCGCAAGAGAAAGAGGGGGUCCGUUAGUGGGGAGGAGUCUGCCAGUCCCAAUGACAGGGCCUCGCCCGACCACUCGGAUGCUCUCGCAGGUUCGGUGGGCCCUGAAGCCCAGGCUAUCACGGAAGAGGAGUACGACAUCCAGCACCACAAGCAGAUCACCGCGAAAAGGAACUUUGACAAGGUCGUCUUUGGGCGAUGGGAGAUCAAGACGUGGUACUUCUCGCCUUACCCUUUGACCGAGUCUGAGGCGGACGACCAGGUCGCCACUCCCCACUCACAUGGAUCAUCUUCGACCCCUCGAAUCCCAGGCGUCAGUCGCUCUAGCAUCCGUUCGCAUGGCAGGACGUCCGAUCUAUUGGCGGGAGGGCUCGGCCGGAGCCACGCGGGACCAGAGAAAGCGAUGCUAUGGGUUUGCGACAGGUGCUUCAAGUACAUGCCUGAGGGACCUUCGUAUGAAUCACACGUCAGAAAGUGCUCGAGGAAGUCGCCACCAGGUCGCAAAGUCUACCAACGCGGUGCACACAUAAUAUGGGAGGUUGAUGGUGCGACGGAGAAACUGUACUGCCAGAAUCUUUCGCUCUUCGGCAAGCUGUUCAUCGAUAUCAAGACGCUCUUCUUCGACUGCGACAACUUCCUCUUCUAUAUAUUGACGGACGCCGACUCCCAGAGGGACCAUAUCCUCGGGUUCUUUUCAAAGGAGAAAAUCUCCUACGAUGAUUACAACUUAGCAUGCAUCGUCGUGCUUCCGCCUUAUCAGAAGAAGGGCUACGGAAUGCUGAUGAUUGAGUUCAGCUACGAGCUGUCACGCCGCUCCGGACGCGUCGGCACACCAGAGCGGCCCCUAUCUGAUCUUGGUCUCCGGAGCUACCUGACCUACUGGGUGUCCACCCUGAUCAGGUUCUUCCGCCGCCUGCUCUCGGUCCUUCCGCCAGACGCGUCGAAGAUGAUCACCGUGGGCGGGGUGCCGGACCUCGCAGACGCACACCUCAUGUCGCCAUCGGCCGAGCCGGAGGACAGGGCGGCGCCGAAGAUGAAACGCAGGAAGAGCACGAAGGGCUGGGACGGGGAGGACCUCGCGGCGAGCAGCCGUCUUGUGGAGCCAUACGACGACUCCGAUCCCAUGUUCACGUCCCUCCGGACGGUCGAGACGACGCCGAACCCGGACGGAAGUGCGACGGCGCAUGUCGUCAUUCGGUGUACUUUGGCGGACCUCGCUCGCGCGACCAAUCUACGUGUGGAAGACGCCGCGUUCGCGCUUAAUGAGUGCGGGUUGUUGAUUCGGCGACAGAAGAUGGACAACCCGGAGGUUUCGGAUGAAAUGAUCGCAGUAUCGAGAGAGAUGGUAGAGACAGUGGCCAAACAGAGGAACGUGAAGAGGAUGUGCAUGAGCUUAGCUCAUGUGCUUCUAUAGGCACCGCUGUAUGUCAAUACCCUCAGUUGAAUUCUGAGUCUGGGCGGCCGUAGGCCUGGGUGGCAUGAUAGACAAGAGUGUCUCACAGACACUGUUAGAUCCGUCUUCUCAACCUCAGGACACAAUAUAGGACUAUGAAACACCGGGCUCGGAUCCUGAGCAUAUUACAAUACAUACCAGCCCGGAGCUUGCGG